AUGAACAAACUGUAUCUCGGGAACCUCAGCGAGAACGCCGUGCCCUCGGACCUCGAAAGUAUCUUCAAGGACGCCAAGAUCCCGGUGGCGGGCCCCUUCCUGGUGAAGACGGGCUACGCCUUCGUGGACUGUCCGGACGAGAACUGGGCCCUCAAGGCCAUCGAGGCGCUUUCAGGUAAAGUGGAGCUGCACGGGAAACCCAUAGAAGUGGAGCACUCGGUUCCGAAAAGGCAGAGGAUUCGGAAACUUCAGAUACGAAAUAUCCCGCCUCACUUACAGUGGGAGGUGCUGGAUAGUUUACUAGUUCAGUAUGGAGUUGUGGAAAACUGUGAGCAAGUGAACACUGACUCGGAAACUGCAGUGGUCAAUGUAACCUAUUCCAGCAAGGACCAAGCUAGACAAGCUUUAGACAAACUGAAUGGAUUCCAGCUGGAGAACUUCACUUUGAAAGUGACCUACAUCCCGGAUGAAAUGACGGCACCGCUGAACCCUGCACAGCAGCCGCGAGGUCGCCGUGGGUUUGGGCAGAGAGGCUCGUCAAGGCAGGCCUCCCCGGGCUCCGUAGCCAAGCAGAAACCCUGCGACCUGCCUCUGCGCCUGCUGGUCCCCACCCAGUUUGUUGGAGCCAUUAUAGGAAAAGAAGGUGCCACCAUCCGGAACAUCACCAAGCAGACUCAGUCCAAAAUCGAUGUUCAUCGGAAAGAAAAUGCAGGUGCUGCUGAGAAGUCAAUCACUAUCCUCUCUACCCCCGAAGGCACGUCUGCAGCUUGUAAGUCUAUUCUGGAGAUUAUGCAUAAGGAAGCUCAAGAUAUAAAAUUCACAGAAGAAAUUCCUUUGAAGAUUUUAGCUCAUAAUAACUUUGUAGGUCGACUCAUUGGUAAGGAAGGAAGAAACCUUAAAAAAAUUGAGCAAGACACAGAUACUAAAAUCACGAUAUCUCCAUUGCAGGAAUUGACGCUGUAUAAUCCGGAGCGCACCAUUACAGUUAAAGGCAAUGUUGAAACAUGUGCCAAGGCUGAGGAAGAGAUAAUGAAGAAAAUCAGGGAGUCUUAUGAAAAUGAUAUUGCUUCUAUGAAUCUUCAAGCACAUUUAAUUCCUGGACUAAAUCUGAAUGCCUUGGGUCUGUUCCCGCCCACCUCUGGGAUGCCGCCUCCCACCUCAGGGCCACCUUCAGCAGUGACUCCUCCUUACCCACAGUUUGAGCAAUCAGAAACGGAGACUGUUCAUCUGUUUAUUCCAGCCCUAUCCGUUGGCGCCAUCAUCGGCAAGCAGGGCCAGCACAUCAAACAGCUCUCUCGCUUUGCAGGAGCUUCUAUUAAGAUUGCUCCAGCUGAAGCCCCCGAUGCUAAAGUGCGGAUGGUGAUCAUCACUGGGCCACCAGAGGCUCAGUUUAAGGCUCAGGGAAGAAUUUAUGGAAAAAUUAAAGAAGAAAACUUUGUUAGUCCUAAAGAAGAGGUGAAACUUGAAGCUCAUAUUCGAGUGCCGUCCUUUGCUGCUGGCAGAGUGAUUGGAAAAGGAGGCAAAACGGUGAAUGAGCUCCAGAAUUUGUCAAGUGCAGAAGUUGUUGUCCCUCGUGACCAGACACCUGAUGAAAAUGAUCAAGUGGUUGUCAAAAUAACUGGUCACUUUUAUGCUUGCCAGGUAGCCCAGAGAAAAAUUCAGGAAAUACUGAAUCAGGUAAAGCAACACCAACAGCAGAAAGCUCUGCAAUGUGGACCACCUCAGUCAAGACGGAAGUAAAGGCUCAGGAAACAGCCCACCACAGAGGCAGAUGCCAAACCAAAGACAGAUCGCUUAACCAACAGAUGGGUGCUGAACUUCCAUCCAGAUUCACACGCACAUGUUUUACCUAGCCAGUUGUUUCUGAGAACCAGGCAACUUUCGAACUCCUGUCUCUGUGAGAAUGUAUACUUUAUGCUCUCUGAAAUGUAUGACAC